UCUACAUUAUGUGGUUACACUGAAGUAACUUUGAGUCGCGAUGACCAAGGUUCUCUGAAACUAUGACGAUGAUAACAACAGCGACGACGUCGUCUCCAACAUUUAUAUGCUCAUUCCACUCACCCAAUCAUUUGUCCACAAAAUCUUCACUCUAUCAGCAUUCCCAAUGGCACAUACUAAAACCGAUUCACAACCCUUUCAGCUCCACCAAUUCGCUCUUCUAUGCAAAACCACUCGUUUCCAAUUCCAGAACCCACUUGUGCUUCGCUGGUCGCCGAAGACCCACAGUGUCAGUCACGCCCUCAUCCUUGAAAGAGAAUGAUGGCAAUCUCAGGAGAGUUCUCCAAAUUGGACUGUGGGUUGCUGAGGUUGUCUAUGUUUUGUGGCUCUUCUUGCUUCCGUAUGCUCCUGGAGAUCCCUUAUGGGCCAUGAGUUCUGACACAGUCAAUUCUCUUGUGGAUCUUUCUCUCAAUUUCUUUUUCAUCUUACCGUUUGUGAAUGUUGUUGGCGUUCGUCUGAUUGAUGCCCCAGUUCUUCAUCCUAUGUCAGAAGGACUAUUCAACUUUGUGAUUGGCUGGACAUUCAUGUUUGCGCCAUUACUAUUCACAGAUUGUAAGAGAGAUAGAUACAAGGGGUCUCUUGAUGUAUUCUGGUGCCUUCAAAUGUUCCUCACAAAUACAUUUUUGAUCCCAUACAUGGCUAUCCGAUUGAAUGACGCUGAUGAUGCAAGUGUUCCAAUCAAACGUUCAAAUUUUGGCUCUGUUAUGACAAACGGUGCUCUGCUUGUUGGACUGAUUGGUGGAGGUGUAUGUCUUGUAUCUGUAUUGUGGGCUCUUUUUGGUCGAAUGGACUCAAAUUUUGGCGGCGUAGUAGACAGAUGGGAGUAUUUGGUUGGUUAUCUUGGAUCAGAAAGGCUGGCUUAUGCCUUCAUAUGGGAUAUAUGUCUUUAUAUGAUUUUCCAGCCUUGGUUGAUUGGUGACAACCUACAGAAUGUUCAGCCAAAUAAGGUUACAGUAGUAAAGUAUCUCAGAUAUGUACCUGUUGUUGGUUUAAUUGCUUAUCUUCUUUGCUUGGAGCCUAAAGAGGAAUAAAUUGUGUUUCGAUGAGUAGUUUACUUUGCACUAAAAAGGGCUUUUCAGUUAAAAAUGAUAUCUUGGAAUAUUUUGGAGAAACCCAAUAGUAUAAUGUAUAAAUUCUUAUUUGAAGAUAGUGUCUUAAAGAUUCGUCAUGAAUUCUCUCAUGAGAGGGGUUUUGUUUGGAUAA